AAAUCACCAAGUACCAUGAUGGAGACCUUAACAGAGGAAAAACUCAUCGACCUAGCAGAGGCUGUGGGUGACCAUAAGAAUGUAUUGAAGUUCGGGUUGAAACUGGAAUUCAAGAAGUCCGAAGUCAGUACAUACAUCAGUACAAAUAGACGAAAUGACAGUUUCGAAGGAACCACCUCCAUGCUCUUCGACUGGAAAAGAAAGACACGGAGAGCAAACCAAAUACCUGAUAUCACCAAGGCACUUGAAGACGCUGGAUUUGCGGAAUUAGUAGAUGAUUUCUUCCCAUCUGGAGGGGAUGUCUCACAAGAAACUGCAACAACUUCAAUAGCAUCAACUUCAACAGGAGCAGCAGACAUGUCAGCAUUACCACAUACCGUCAGUGAGAAAGAACUUUUGAUGUUGUCAAUGGAAAUUGGACCUACUUACUACAAGAGAGUGGGCAUUAACCUGAAUAUCUCCAUUGUAACCCUUGAAAAUAUCAAGGAGCGUAGCCGAGAUAACUGCGAUGCUUUGAUGACAGUAUUCACAAGAUGGAGAGAUAAACAGCUUCCAGACACAAACAUCAGGGCUCAUCUUGCAGAGGCUUUACAAAAGAGUGGUCUAGUGUCUCUGUCUCAGAAACUGAUUCCUAUAGAUCUAUUAGGGACAGGUGCAUCAAUGCCAGCAUCACAGACCCAACCACUCACUCCUGACCUGGUUGAAAGAUGUAGAAAGGAGCUUCAAUCCCAUUACAGAAGAUAUUUCUGUAAGAUAAGAGCUGAUAGUCUUAAUCCACGUUCCCUUGCGCCGUGUAAAGACAUAUAUACACACCUUGUUUUGGAAGAAGAAGAUUAUCGCAAUAAGAAGCGAUCACUCGAAUAUAAGGAUCUCUUCAAACUUGAAAUUAAUGGAGAGUUUCCAAAUCGGAUCAUCAUUCAGGGAGAAGCAGGGGCUGGAAAGACGACACUCUGCGCAAAGAUUGCCUGGGACUGGAUAGACGGUAGUCCUGAUGUUCCUAAGUUUGUAUGGGUACUUGUAAUCCCUCUUCGUGAAGUCAAGCGAUAUACAAUUGGUCAGAUAGUCAAGUCUUAUCUCUCAAAGGACAACCCAGCAACAGCCUGUCAGAUCACAGAGUACAUCCGUUCAAAUCCAGAAAAGGUAUUCAUUGCCUGUGAUGGUUUAGAUGAGUUUAGUGGCAAGGUUGUACAGCACUCUGAAACCAAACAAGAAUUAGAAGGUGCUCAGCCAGAGCCUGAUGAUCAACCAGAUGCAAGAGCAACAUCAAAGCGACCAAAGUUAAUGGGGCAUAUGUCCUCACGUACACCAAUUGCCCCAUUGAUGCCAAGAGGCAGCAUCUCAGAUGGAAGUGAAAGCACUUCUGAAGAAGAUGAUAUCUCUCUAGUACAUAUCCUUCGUUCAGAUGAACUCAGCAAUUGCCCAGUGAUGGUGACCAGUCGUCCAUGGAAGGCCAAUGAGAUAAAGUGGGAUCUCAAUCUAAUGAAACUGUAUGCUUUCAUUCAUGUGGAAGGCUUUAGUAAGAAGAAUGUGGAGGUUUACGUUCACAAGUACUUUAAAGACAAUACAGUCACAGCAGAUCAGCUUAUUCAAAUGAUCAAAGGGAAUAACAUCAUAUCAGAGUAUAUGGCACCCUAUCCUAUCUAUAUAUCUAUGCUCUGUCUUAUGUGGAGAGGACUUGAUGACAAAAAGAAAGAAUUGUUUAAAACCAUUCGAACAUUCUCUCAAUUAUUUCAUGAGAUGUUUGAAUUCUUAAACGUGCAUUAUGUCCAAAAAGAGAUCCAAGAUCUAAGGAGUCCAUCAUUUAAUGACCAUCGCUCUAAAAUUGAAAAACUCAUGGAACCCGUUGCCAAAUUGGCAUUUGCUGGACUGCAAUCGAACAACCUUAUUUUCAAUGAAGAAGAUCUUGAACAGUACUCAGACUCUGUGAAAACAGCAUGCAAAGUAGGAGUGUUGUCACAGGAGAAUAAGCUCUCAUCCAUUCAUGAUAAGAGCAGACCGUUCCUGCAGUCAACAUUCUUCUUUCCUCAUAAACUAUUCCAGGAGUACAUGGCUGCAGUCUAUCUUGCUUCUCUCUAUGAUUCAGAUCGCAAUGAAUUUAACAGGCUGAUUGAGGAAGUAGUGAUCCCUAGGAAGGAAGAGUUUAGGUAUCUCCUGUACUUCACUGUGUCUCAGAACAAAAACAUUGCCAAGUAUACCACAAAAUGUCUGUUACAACAGUACAUCCAAAGCCAAGAUAGGAAGGAGAUGAAUUUCUUGGUUGAUGUAACCUUUGAGAGUCAGGAUGAAGAUACCAACGCCAUGCUUCAGAAUUCAGUGUCAUCUCUGUCCAUUGAUGUAAAAGACACACAUACUAUAGCUGGUUAUGCAUCCACUGGGAUAUAUUCAAAGGCGAUCAAUAUGAUGGUUGGUGCUAUUAGAUAUACUAGCUACGGACCAGGUAUAUCAAAUGAAGUUGCAAGGAUGAUAUGCUCAGCAUCAUCACUAAGGGAUGUUAGACUGAAAGCAAGCUUUCACCCUUCCUUCUAUGAAACUCUUGCCAAAGAAGGAAGGAAAGCCGCAGUCCAUACUCUUGAGAUUUGGAAUAAUAAGCCUCUAUCAUCAGCCUCUUCACAUCACCUAGUAGAAGCUUUAUGCUCCCUACCUAACCUGACUAACCUGAUACUGAGAAGAGUUUGUGACAAGGAGGAGUUCUGUUCUCAUCUGAAUGAGAAGGCUUCAACCUUGAAGGUCCAUACUCUUAAGAUUCAGAGUUAUGAGCCUCUAUCAUCAGCCUCUUCACAUCACCUAGUAGAAGCUUUAUGCUCCCUACCUAACCUGACUAACCUGACACUAGAUGGAGUUUGUGACAAGGAGUUCUGUUCUCAUCUGAAUGAGAAGGCUUCAACCUUGAAGGUCCAUACUCUUCAGAUUGAGAUUUAUACGCCUCUAUCAUCAGCCUCUUCACAUCACCUAGUAGAAGCUUUAUGCUCCCUACCUAACCUGACUAACCUGAUACUGAGAGGAGUUUGGGACCAGGAGUUCUGUUCUCAUCUGAAUGAGAAGGCUUCAACCUUGAAGGGUUCUUUCCCUCAGAUCAGAAAAGGAAAUUUCAUAUUCAAUGGAAAGCCUCAGAAGGAUCUUCAAUCAUUCCUACAAGCAGUCAGUGACGAGAUACGGUAG